AUGUUUCGUCCACCAUCGCGGACAUUGUCAGGACGUCGAUCGAAUACAGUUCCACGGGAAGAAAAUACACAGCAGUCGGCAUGUACUGUGGAAUUGAAUUAUCAGGAAAAUUCGAGUUCAAAUGUUUAUGUUCACAAGGAAACGACAAACUACACUUCCAAAAUCUCUUCCAGAGGUUCAAAACAACCAGCAAAGACGUUACGCUGCAGCGCCCCUCGUCCACUUUAUCCGACUCAGGUACGUCAACACUCGCUGAAUAGAGAUGGAGGCCGUGUGCAAUCUGUUGAAAUGGAACGAAAAAUCGGAUCAUUGACAUAUCAAGCAACAACCAAAGUUCGAGCGGCAAGCGCUGAACCCAGAACACAGAAGCCCGUAAUGGGUCUCAUGCGUACAAAUAGUUCAUCGACAAGUAAAACAACGGAAAUAGCUACGCGAAUUCAACCACGUGGACCUUUACGUGUUCGUUCUGCAAGUUCGAAUGCUCCUCCGAUCAGAAAUAUUGCAACGAGAGCUGAAAAUGCUGUAAAGACAAAUCAAAUAACAAUGGCUCAACGUCGGAAUGGGGCGAAUUUAACCACUAUAACCGUUCAGAAUGCAAAGAAAGUAGUUUCUAAGCCACAAGCAAUAAGAAAAUCGUCAUAUGCGGGACCUGAAACUAGAGCACGCGCCAGAAUGAAGCAGAGCAGUCAAAGCUUGGAAAUGACGAAAAUCAGUUCAGCCGUGAAUACUACACCAAAACAAUCGAUGCCCAUGAAAUCGGUACAUGCUCGUCCAUUGCGGCAACUGAAUUCAAAUAUUCCAAAAAAUGCUAUCGGAAAUAAUACUGGGCCUGUAUCUAACGCUAAUAAGAAUGCCGAAGAUGGUCAUGUAUCACGUCCGCGUACUCGUGGAACUCAUGAACCUGUUCGCGUCCGAAAUACUCAAGGAAGAGCGAAAGGUGCGGAUGGUCUUCCUCCAAUUGAAAGUGAAAGUCGUUUUCGGCAAUCAUUGACUCGACGUCCAAAAGGGAGUGAUUCGUUGGACCGAGAUGUAACUAAAGCAACAGGAAAAGAGAAUAGAGAUGAAAUUUGGACACUUACUGCGAAGAAACCAGAGCCUCUGCUCGAAUUUGCACCCUGUUUGCGAAGUCGUGUUGCAGCAAAAAAAGUGCAGUCUGCUACUCAUUCCACAAGAUCUCCAAAAACAGGACAAUCAACACAGGGUGUCCAUCCAGCUCCACGACGACGAACUGAAGCGGAAAGAGAAGCAUUCUUUAGACGUCUGAGUACACCGAAGACAGUUGCUACGGUCAAAAAAUGCACCAAAUAAUGCAUGAAUGGAUAUGGAUGAAUGGUAAAUGGAGUGGAAGUAAAAGCUGGCACAGUCCAAUAAAGAAAAAGAUGGGGG